AUGAACUCACUGGUUUCUUGGCAGCUGAUGCUUUUCCUUUGUGCCGUCUCCUUCAGGGAGACCUUAGAAAACGUGGUGCCCAUGGAGAAUCCUAGAGCCACAGGCCCGCGGCUCAGACCCCCGGCGCUUCUGGCCUCCGGGGCGCAGAGCCCGCGGUGCGCGGAGAGGAAGCCCGCCGCUGCCGGGCCGAGCCCUCGUGGGGCCUCGCUGUGCCCUCCUCUCGAGAGCUCCGCUGGGCCCCAGCUGCCGGGCCUGUGCGUCCCCCGCAGUCGCCUGAUCCCCGCCCCGCGCGGCGGCGUGCUGGUGCAGCGGGAGAAGGACCUGUCCGCCUACAACUGGAACUCCUUCGGCCUACGUUACGGAAAGCGGCAGGCGGCGCCGCCCGGCAGCCGCGGCCGAGGCGCCGGGCAGGGCUGA